AGGGGGAAAGGUGAAAAAAAAAACAAAGCAGGCACAACAAACAAAGUUUUCAAAUCGCAGCGAAACGGAAGCAUUCGGGAAUCGGUCGUCGUUCGUGACAGUUGAGUUGUGCUUAGCUGCAGCAUGAGAAUUUUCCUGUUGUGGAUUUAAACUUUAAAAAGGCAUCGAAAUUAAUUGCAAAAUUCGUAAGUGAGUGUGGAGGUGAAUCAGCUGAGUGGGGAUAUUCGUGGAGAUUCUGGAAGCUUCUCGUUAUUGCGGCUGCCAUUCAAGCGAGCUGACCCCGAGCGGAGCUUCUGCGACGACCUCGAACAAAGAACAAAGAAAGCGCGACUGCAGUUUCCACUGCCAGCCCCUAUAGUAUAUUGCCAUAAGGCCACAAAUAACUGGCUCUAACCGGUGGCAACCGAGUGCGCAUUUGGCCAAAACCAGUUGCUGCAGCUGCCCAGAGUCGCACUUCCGCCAGACAGACGGACAACAAAGAGCUGGGCGGGGACAUGGAUGCCCAGGAGAACAGGGGCGGGCGGUCGGCCCAGUCGUCGGGCCAGGAGGAGCUGGAGGAGCGCCGGAUGCGGACGGACAGCGAGAGCUCGGUGGACAGCAUGACGCGCUUCGUGCUGCCCAGCCUGGACGGCACUCCGCCGAAGAUCGUGACCCUGGACGAGGUGUCCAGCAUGUUCAAGAACCUGCGCAACAUGGAGCUGGCCCACGAGAUAGCCCUCAAUCCGGAGUUCAAGCUGCAGAAGUACGAGCCGCCCUCGGAUAGCUUGGAGGGCGCCAUCAAGAAGAUGGUGCACAAGGCCUUCUGGGACCUGCUGCGCCAGCAACUAGAGCGCCAGCCGCCGUCGUACGACCAGGCCAUCCGGCUGCUGGCCGAGAUCAAGGAGUGCUUCCCCCAGCUGCUGUCGCCCAACAACGAACGCGCCCUGGCCCACAUCAACGAGGUGCUCGACGACUCUGUGAUCCGCCAGCAGGCGGAGCGCGGCACCCUGGACUUCCGGUCGUACGCCAACUUUGUGAUCAACAUCCUCUCGCGCUCCUGCUCGCCGGCCCGCGACGAGGCGGUGGCCGCCCUGCGCGAGAUCGACGAUGUGGUGGACACCUUCCGCAGCAUCCUCGAGCUGAUGACCCUGAUGAAGCUGGACAUGGCCAACUUUAUGCUGGCCCUGGCGCGCACCGAGAUCGCCGCCAAUUCGGUGCAGUACGAGAAGGAGAAGUUCAGCAAGUAUCUGCGGGAGUUCCACGGAAAUGCUGGUUUCCCCGCCACCGAGGACUGGCUGCAGCGCCACCGCUCCAGCAGCCACGAUGAGACCAUCUACAAUGCCUACAUGCAGCUCAUCGACUAUCCGGCGGACAAGGAGUUCCCCGAGCUGCUGCGCAUCGACAAGGAGCGCUUCGCCGGCCUCAGUUGGCGUGCCCAGCGCCUGAUCCUCUGCGCCUCGCUCAUCUCGAUUGCCCAGAGCACGCCCAUCAUCUCGCAGCGCCGCGAGAACCGCAUCAAGCUGGCCCAGCAGCUGGACAUCAUUGUGCAGGACGUCAAGAACCAGGACCAAGUAGCCACUGCCAUCGAAAGUUGCUACGAGCAGAUUCGCUCGUUCGUGAACAAGGCUUUGGAGCAGGAGAACAUGCCGGCGAUGAGUGAUGCCGACCAGGAGGCGCUCAAGAACCAGGUGCUCAAGCUGGCCAACAAGGCCUCUCCGGUGCCCAGUUUGAUGGCCAAGCGCCUGGAUGGCUACGUGCGUGUGACCCUGCGCUCCAACGGCAGCAUUCCGCCGCCGCCCGCUGGCUUCGCGGACUUUCAGGAGGAGCUGGUUGCAUUUAUCGCCUCGUUCCGCCGUCUCGUGUCCUACAACCACGCCGUGUUCGGGGAGCACUUCCACCAGAUCCUCAGCAAGGGGAUGAGCGGCGGGGAGGCCGAGUCGAGUGCCGCGCCCACAGGCAGUGGCAUAGCCACUGGCCAUGCCCAGACGGCCAAGCCUUAGGGCGGAGCGGGAGGACUCGUCUUAGGCAACACAGAACUAUUCAGCAUACAACACUCAGACACACCUGUUACAAAAACAAUCGGAGGAUGGCAAGGAUCUGGUGUUGAGGCAAGCGGAGCGGCGGCAGGCGUCGCCCUGGAAAAGGCGGCGAGCAGUAGACUCUACGUUUCCCCCCAUUUCACCGAUGAUUCUUCAUGUGACGUGACACUUGCGUAGAUCUUCUAACGCACACCCGUAACCACCAAGUAGACCCGCACAUCCCGAGGGCCCAGGCUCGAGAACGAAAUGGGAUCUGUGUGGGGCGUCUGUGAUAACACGAAUAUUCAUCCUGAAGCUAGCCAAUCCUCUUGCGGGGCUUGCGAGGGCGAACUCGACUGUGCGUGUGCUCCCCAUCCCACUUCGGGCCAUCGACUAACCACAUUUCUAACCCUCUACAUCCCUACUUACAAUAAAUACGUAGAUAUAUUGUACAUGUGCGUCUUAACCCCGUGGAAUAAUCCUAUUUUUAGACACAUGUUCGUAUUCUUUAUUGAAUUUAGUUUAGAGGUUCUAUUGAUCAGUAGUGAUUCGACUGCGUGAGCCGUGCAAUUGACAGAUGGACUCAUUUGUAUGUGCGUGCAUUAAGAUAUAUCUUUGUCUAGUUUACUGAUAUUCUAAAUAAAAGGAUUUAAACUGA